AUGUUCUCAGCUACCAAGGCCUCCUCUGUUUUACGUUCAACCCUCAAUGUUGCUCGUCGUACCUAUUCUAACCAAGGUGGUUAUGAGUCUACCUACAAGAACUUGUUGAUUAACAAGGAUACCAAGGUCAUCUGUCAAGGCUUCACCGGUAAACAGGGUACUUUCCACUCUCAACAAGCCAUCGAGUAUGGUACCAAGAUGGUUGGUGGUGUCUCCCCCAAGAAGGCUGGUCAAACCCAUCUCGGUCUCCCUGUUUUCGGUACUGUCCGUGAGGCUGCUGAAGCUACCAAGGCUGAUGCUAGUGUCAUCUACGUUCCUCCUCCCGCCGCUGCUCAAGCUGUUUUGGAUGCUAUUGAGGCUGAAAUCCCUUUGGUCGUUGCUAUCACUGAAGGUAUUCCUCAACAUGACAUGAUCCGUGUCAAGCAAGCUUUGAUGACUCAAAGCAAGACUCGUUUGGUCGGUCCCAACUGUCCUGGUAUGAUCUCUGCCGAGCAAUGUAAGAUUGGUAUUAUGCCUGGUUCCAUCUUGAAGCGUGGUAAGGUUGGUAUCGUUUCUCGUUCCGGUACCUUGACUUAUGAGGCCGUUCAACAAACUACUGAUGUUGAUCUCGGUCAAACCUUGUGUGUUGGCAUUGGUGGUGAUCCUUUGAACGGUUCCAACUUCAUUGACUGUCUCAAGGUCUUCUUGGAAGAUGAUGAAACUGAGGGUAUUAUCAUGAUUGGUGAAAUUGGUGGUACUGCCGAAGAAGAAGCUGCUGAAUUCUUGACCCAAUACAACUUGUCCAGAGAUGUUCCCAAGCCCGUCGUCUCUUUCAUUGCUGGUUUGACUGCUCCUCCUGGCCGUAGAAUGGGUCAUGCUGGUGCCAUUAUUUCCGGUGGUAAGGGUGGUGCUGGCGAUAAGAUCAAGGCUUUGGAGCGUGCCGGUGUUCAUGUCACUCCCUCUCCUGCCAAGUUGGGUACUACCUUGCUUCAAGCUAUGAAGGAUGCUGGUUUGGCUUAA